AUGCCCGAAGAACCAGUCCAGGGAAUCCAGUCGGCCGCCAUGUUCGUGGACCCCAUGACGGGCCACUUACCAGCCACCACAGACACCCCUGGCUUUCUAGCUCGUCCCAAGGGCGACAUCAACCCCCAGAAGAAGGCCGACAAAAUGGUCCCACUGCACGUUCUGUGGUUCUUCUCACACCAGGCCAUUGUUGGCACUGGAGCUUGCUAUUUUGCGCUAUUCUUCAUGGGCCUGUGCAACUGUAAGCUCGCCAGAGGCCUCUAUCGAAUCUUCUUUCUGGCGUGUAUCUCCGCCUACUACACGUCCAUCUACCGAAAGUACGGAGGCCAGCGACCCUCACGAUACGUGCUGCUUCAAACAGAUACAUUCCAGUACCUUCUGAUGGCCCUGCUGUUUCUCAUUUCGCGACGCAGCAUCUUCAAGUUGUUCCCCUUCUUCAUGUACUCAGUGAUGCAUGUCGCUGAGACUCUGCGACGACGAGUGCUGAAGCGAGACUCGCCAUUGGCCCACCAGCUCAACGAUAAUAUCCUCAAGUUUGAGGCCCCCAUCCAACGCAUUGUCGCCGACUCUGAGAUUCUUAUUCUUCUCAGAAUCCUCCUUAACGCUAUUUUGUUUAGACAGGGCGCUGCCGUAUGUCUGCUCAUCUAUGUUGUCAUCUUCAGACUGCGAGUUGCCUACUCGCCGCCAAUCCAGGAGUCUCUCAAGCGGCAGGAGGAGCGAAUCGACGACGUGGUCGCUCAGUCAUGGGUCCCUGAACCCGUCAAGAAGCACUGGGGCCGAUUCAGAGACCUCGUCGACAACUACGAGCACUCGCGACUAACAUCACUCCACGACGAUCCUGAUGAUGAUCUCGUGGAGGUGCAUUCUGACGAGGAGGGCUACGACCAGAAUGAGGACCCUGAUGAUAUUCGAAACGUGCCUAAGAAGAAGACUGUUAAGAGACGAGCUGAUCUCGACGAGAAUGACAAAAAGGAGUAA